UUUUGCAAACAUACAGGUACUGUGGGGGUAUAAGUUAAGUUAAAGGAGACCCCAUAAUACAAAGGUUGAAACCAGACAGAAGUUUAUUCUCUUGUUAAGCAGCACAUAGGCGUUCAGGUGAUCCAGCCCAGAGGGCAGCUCUGUCAGGCUGGCUGUCACCUGCCAGGCAGGCGGAAGGGCAGAAGGAAGAAGAAGGAGGGGACACUCACCCUGCCAUCUUAAGGUCAGGACACAGAGGUGGCACAUGUCAUUUCAGUUAUAUCCCAGGAUAUCUUAGUCAAGUGGGCAUCUGUUUUAUGGAAGAAAGGGAGUGUGGAGGUGAACAUUGGGGGACAACAAGCAGGUUGUCACAACGUCUGCUGUACAACAUAGAGGCGGCUGGUUUUUCCAUUUUUCUGGAGAUAUAUGUGUGUAUUCUUCACUCCAAAGCAAUUUAUUUCCCAAGUUCAGUUAGUAAGGAAUAUGGGUUUUUGCUGUUUCUACAACUUAACCAUUGACUGUAUUGCCAUUUAAAGUGAUCUUUAGAAGCCUGGAGAAGUCAUACUGCAGGAAUAAUUACAAAAUCUGUUUUUGAAUUUCUCGGCUCCCUUCAUUUACAUCAAUGCCAUCAGUUGACCUCGGGAGGUAGCCCAAACUCGCACUGAUGGGGGACAGCUCAGACUGGUGUGUCUUUUUUAUAUGGUACUUUUUAUUCAAAGAAGGUAAUUAAGAGAGAGACUUCUAUAAUAAGAGGCUUUGGAAAGGCUGUAAUGUAAGGGAUUUCUUCUUUUCUGAGAGGUAAUUGUGGGAGGAGGGGUACAUCACCUUGUAUUUAGACACUGAAUAGGGUGGACCCAGCCACCUGCAAAGCAGUGGGGGAGGGGAGUUAGUGUACAAAAGGGGUUCUUCUGUAAUGGAAGGAAAUGUUUUCUUUUUUUGUUUUCUUUACAAUAUACAGAAAUAAUUAAUACUUAGCUUUUUCAGGUUGCCGUGAGAGUCAUAAAAUAUAUUAGGUAGAUAGCAGAGCAUAUGCACCAUGUAAAUACUGUAUAGUGCUAAGAGGGAAACACACAUAUACUGUAUCUUUGCAAAAAUCAGGGUCAGCAUUUAGCAGGAAGUUGUGUUUCAACUGAGUUUUUGCCUGGGAAGUAGUAUGUGCUUGAUAAAUGAUCACUGUCAUUACUAUUACUAAAUGAGAAUCAAGGAAAGUUUUCAAAUAGCACAACUUCAAGGCACUUGAAUGUCCACUCGCCAUCUCAUCUGCAUUGGUUCUAUUUUAUCAGGGAUGCCUUCUGAAUUAUUAAUUAUUAGCAGAAUCAUUCUGAUAUAAUGGAGGGCUUUGAUGGAAUCUUAAUAAACAUGUUUAAGCAAACCUAGUUGGAAGGAAUAUGUCGACAGUUGUCCUAAAGAGCCCUUGAUUCCAUUUUCUCCCUUUGUAACGAGAUCCCCCCAUCCUCUCUCCCAGGCAACACUGUGAAGUGCCUUGCAUAUUUAAAUAGCUGGAAUUCAUGGAGCACACCAAGCAUUUUCCUCAAAGCUUCACAUGCUUGCCAUUAAAUUAAGGAGUGUGUGGGGUUUUAAUGUAAUUUCUUUCUUGCCCAUUGGGAUAUAAUCAUUAUAGAAAGACUGUUUUGCUUCAACGUUGUCAAAGGAAUACUUCUAUUCGACAAUUUGGCGUUUCUUUAAAUGCUUUGUGUCCAUUCAUGAGGGCGAUGGUUCAUUUGAAAUGCUGCAGUCACCAGGGAGAAGCUCCUGGGCUCUUCCCUGAUAGGCAGGCCUUCCCCCUGCCUCCUGUUGCUAUGGUGCCCAGCAGAGUAACUUCUUUGCCCUGCACUUGGAGGAGGUUCGUCUCCAUGGAUACCCCACUCUGAUACUGUACUCCACCAGGAGAUGAGCUGCACACACUGUAUUUCUGCACAAGACUUACCCCAGCCUGUGGUGGGAGGCUGUUUGCAGAGGCAGUAUUUGCCAUGAAAGUCUACGGAGCUUACCUUCUAAGUAGUGAAGCUGAUUUUAGCUCCUCAAGCAGCACGGGCAGCAUUUCCGCUCCUGAGGUCCAUAUGUCUGCAGCGGGAAGCAAGCGGUCCUCUUUCUCACGCAAUCGAGGUCCCCAUGGGCGGAGUAACGGAGCUUCAUCGUGCAAGGCCGGCCACAGCCCACCCUCCCCACGGGAGAAGGACCUUCUGUCCAUGCUGUGCAGGAAUCAGCUGAGCCCCGUUAGCAUCCAUCCCAGUUAUGCACCUUCUUCCCCAAGUAGCAGCAACUCUGGUUCCUACAAAGGCAGUGACUGCAGCCCGGUCAUGAGGCGGUCUGGAAGGUACAUGUCCUGCGGUGAAAACCAUGGUGUCAAACCCCCAAAUCCCGAGCAGUAUUUGACCCCUCUGCAGCAGAAGGAGGUCACGGUGAGGCACCUGAAGACCAGGCUGAAGGAGUCCGAGCGCCGACUUCAGGAGAGGGAAGGCGAGAUUGUGGAGCUCAAGUCUCAGCUGGCCCGCAUGCGAGAAGACUGGAUUGAAGAGGAGUGCCACCGGGUGGAGGCCCAGCUGGCCCUCAAGGAAGCCAGGAAAGAGAUUAAACAGCUCAAACAGGUCAUUGAAACUAUGAGGAGCAAUCUGGCUGAUAAGGAUAAAGGCAUCCAAAAGUAUUUUGUGGACAUAAACAUUCAAAACAAGAAGUUGGAGUCUCUGCUUCAGAGCAUGGAGAGAGCACACAAUGGCUCUCUGAGGGAUGAACUGUGUCUAGACUUUCCAUUCGAUUCCCCAGAAAAAAGCUUCACGCCAAACACCCCUUUUGGAAAGAUGGCUGAUGGGCUUUCUCUGGCAGAGCCGGUCACAGAAGAAGGGGCUGACGGUGAGCUGCUGGUGGGAGACAGCCUGGUCGAUGGCACAGAUUUGUUUGAUGAGAUGGUGGCAGCCAUCACCGCAGAGGCUGGGAACCUGGAGCUUGUUGCUGCCACCCCUGGGGCAGAGGUCCUUGAGGUCCUCCCCAGGGGGGUGGGUCCUGAGGAGGCCAGGGCGAUGGUGGAGCAAGCUGUGCAGACCGACGUGGUGCCCUACAGCCCUGCCGUGUCAGAGCUCAUUCAGCACGUGCUCAAGCUCCAGGACCCCUCUCCCUCUCCCCCCACAUCCCCUGAUGAGUCCGGGCCUGACUCAGUGGAAAGCUUCCUCGAGUCCAUCUCUGCAUUAGUGGUUGAUUUAACUCCAAGAAAUCCAAACUCAGCCAUCCUCUUGUCUCCCGUGGAGACCCCAUACACCACGGUGGGUACGGGGGCUUGUGAAAACCGCCUCAUGAGAGAGCUGGAUUUUGCAGGCCCCACAGAAGAAAGGUUGAACGGCAUCAUCCCGCUGUCCUCGGGGGCCGUUGGGAGGCAGUACUGGAGCAGCAGCUUCCUGGUGGAUCUCCUGGCCGUGGCUGCUCCUGUGGUUCCCACGGUUCUGUGGGCAUUCAGUACUCAGAGAGGGGGGACAGAUCCCAUCUACAACAUCGGAGCCUUGCUGCGGGGCUGCUGUGUGGUUGCCCUGCAUUCACUCCGCCGCACCGCCUUUCACAUCAAAACCUAAAGAGCAGUUGUUUCUGUGUGCCAGUUUGUCCUGUGUGGCGUGCCAGGUGGAGAAGCAGCAGGUCGACUUGAGGCGGUCCCUGUUCUGUCGUUUUGCUCCUUGGUAUUUGAUUUGCACUAUAUUUAGUUGAUGCCUGUUCACUGUUUAAAACCAGAGGUCUCUUCAAAGGCAUGGAGACCUGGUUCAAGUAAAUGUCCCACCAGUGUGGUAUAGAAAGCAUGCUCAUGAUCCUGCCGUGUCGUCUGAGGUGCCCUUUCUUAUCCUAUUGGUUCAGGAAAAGAAAAUGCAAAGUUUGCACUUUGAAGACAGCUUCUAUAAGGCUGGCAUGUUAUCUCCUCGCUUUGCUUCGUGCUGUUUUAAAAUGUGUAAUUGUUACAGCAUUCCAAUGGUCUUGUGCAUAGCAGGGGACUGUAACCAAAAAUAAAAAUGUAUUUGUGUAAUUGGUCUGAAGAAAUCUUGAAUAGCUCUUUAGUGUCUUACUCGGGGUUGAUAAGGUUUGAGUGUUUGCAAUUUUUUACUAAAUGUAGCUCCAAGGUCUUAAAAUGGCUUGUUUGUUCUUAAACCUCUUAAUUGAUGAAACUGUAUGUAAGUUUACAAUGUAUUAACUUAUUUUUUGCUCAUUAUGUAUAGUGUUUUAGUGGAAAUUGUAACCAUACACUUCAGCAUGAUGAAAAUAAAGAUUAGUGUUUCCAUUUAAAUAAAUGUUCUAUCCAAUAAAUAA